AUGGAAGUCGAUCAACUACCAUUAAAUCGAAAGAAAAAGAGAUGUCAUGGGAAUCGAAAAUUACAACGAUUCAAACGAAAAUGGCGUUACCGUGGAUUGAAUGAACAAGAAAUUCAAGAUUUCGUCCAAAAUCGACAACAUCCAGCUGAUCCUUCUCCAUCAGUGAACCCAAAUAAGAAACGACAACGAUCUCAACCAGCGAAUGAAGGCGAAACCAAUACAACUGUUCGAUCGUUAAGUCAACUGUCGAUUUCCCAACAACAACCUAAAUCAAAGAAGAGAAAAGUCCAUCAAGAAGAAGUGACUACAACAGUAUCGAUCAAUUCAAUUCCCAUACCAUCGAUCUAUUUGAAAAUGCCAAAAAAGUUACUCUACUGUUCGUUACCUCGUCAAUUGAACUGUCGAUUGAAGAAGAAAAGAGAAAAACGAUUUGUUUUCACUCGUCUUCGAUUACUCGAUCAACAAUUCUGUACUGGCAUGGAUCAAUAUCUGUAUCAAUCUUAUUUAGAUAUUGGUUCCCAUUCGAAACGAUGGCCAGUCAGUCGAACGUUUGAUUUUAAAGAUUCGUUCUUGUUUGUUUUUUCUUCUUCUUUGAAGGACGAUCUGAUGGUACUGGCUCAAACGAAGGAUUCUGAUCAAGUUGAACAUUUUCUUCGAACACAAUUGGUGAAUCGACAACAAACCUUCGAAGAAUGUUCAAUACAAUUGACCAGUCAAGCGACAUCUUGUCCAAUAACAAUGAAAUUCUCAUCGAUUGAAGAUCGAUUGAAAGAAUUCGUCCGUCUACAUCAUUUGGAUUUAGUUAGACGAAUCCAUUUUCAAAUCAAUGAUUUUAAAGGUCGUAUCAUUGAACAUGAACUGUUUCAACAAUGGUCAUCAUCGUGA